AGCGGUGCCGGGGCGUGUGCGUGCGCGGCCGCUUGGGGCGCUCCUCCCGGCGUCGGGCCCCGGGGAGCUGGUGUGUGCCGGAGCGCGGCCGGAGCGCGGCCCGAGGGCGUUCGUCGCUGAGCCAUGGUCCACCUGACAACCGUUCUCUGCAAAGCAUACCAUGGGGGCCACCUAACCAUCCGCCUUGCCUUGGGUGGCUGCACCAACCGGCCCUUUUACCGAAUCGUGGCAGCUCACAACAAGUGCCCCAGGGAUGGCCGCUUCGUGGAGCAGUUGGGCUCCUACGAUCCCCUGCCCAACAGUAACGGAGAGAAACUGGUUGCCCUCAACCUGGACCGCAUCCGGCAUUGGAUUGGCUGUGGGGCUCACCUCUCUAAGCCUAUGGAAAAACUUCUGGGUCUUUGUGGGUUUUACCCCCCUGCAUCCGAUGAUGAUCACAAAUGCUGAGAGGCUUCGGAGGAAGAGAGCUCGGGAAGUCCUCUUAGCGUCUCAGAAAACAGAACCGGAGCCGGCAGAAACAGACGCAAGCUGACUUCAGUGCACACAGUGUGACUGCAAGGUCAAGGGCCUUCAUGACUCCUGCAUAGAACUUUUUCUUGGGUGUGAGGAUCAAUAAAUGGAGUUUUCCAA